UUUAGAUUGGCGAUGGAAACAAGGCUAGCCAAGAUUAUUUGUAUUACUCUUAUUGUUGGGGCAGUGCUUUGCAGGAAACUUGAUUUUUCAAAUUUAAGGAAUGAGAUGAAGGAAAGUGAAACUUUUGAGAAGUUUAUGGAAACUUAUGUUGGAAAAGAUAGUGGGAUAAGAUUUUUCACAUAUCAAAAUGUGGUCGAUCUGUUACACAAUAUUGACUCUCAAUUUACUUUUACGAGAGUAUCUUCAAUUGGGAAGACAUAUGAAGAGAGGGAGAUGCUACUUCUUACUAUUGGAGAAAACUUUCAGAAAUUUGAGGAAGGAGAUCCAAAAGAUAAUCCGCCUGCUAUACUUCUUACUUCAGCUCAUCAUGCAAGAGAAGUAGUUGGUGUCACAAUGAACUUAUAUGUGGUGUUGAGCUUGCUAUAUAACUCUGUUCAUGAAGAUAGAGAAACUUUAGCUUUGCUUGAGAACCAUACAUUCUACAGUCUUCCUCUUGUAAACGUUGAUGGAUACUAUCUUGUUUCAAAAGAGUGGGAAGAAUCCAAUCUUUUCAACUACGUUCGUAAAAACAGAAGAGAUAGUGGAGGCUGAGAUAAGAAUUCUCUCGGAGUUGAUCUUAAUAGAAAUUAUGGAUUCAUGUGGGCUCUUGAUAAUGUGGGUAGUUCUUCUCAGAAAUGCCAGGAAGAUUACAGAGGAGCUUCCCCAUUCAGCGAGCCAGAGACUCAAGCUGUGAGGGAUUUCAUAUUGGCUAGUGACCACAAUGUAAAAAUUGCGAUCAAUUUCCAUACUUUUGGGAAUCUUUUUAUCAUUCCAUUUAAUUAUGAUGAUCAGUGGAAUACAAAGAUGGUUGAGAAGCCAAUCUAUGCUAUGUAUGAAAACAUUAGAGAUGAGGGUAAUCUACCUAAAGAAAUGCAGUUUGGAAAUGGCAUGCAAACCAUUAAAUAUAAAGCUAAUGGAGAUGCAACUGAUUGGAUGUCAACUCAAAAUGAUAUGAUCUCUAUUUCACCAGAGUUAGGUACUAAGAGUAGGACUUCUGAUAGAUUUUUACCUUUUAUGGACUUUGUGAAGCCUAUUGUUCAGCAGAAUUACCCUUGGAUAAACUACACGAUGCAUAAAUUGUCCGCACAGAUCGAUGUGAGAGUUAUCAAGUAUGAGAAGGAGAUCUGAAUGAUCGAAAACUGAACAAUGGAGGAUAAGGAGUUUCAGAAAUUCUUCAUUCAAAUUCAAGCCCAGAAUCUAGGAUUUUCGCCUGUCCAGAAUGUUAAGGUGAAGGUAAUAGUUGAUAAAGGAAUUAAAGUGAUUCUCCCAACCGACCAGGAAGGCAAAUUUAGCAAAUCCCAUGAACUCACUUAUCCAAGUUUGGCUAGUUUGGAAUCUAACGUUUGGAAAUUAAUUGUUGAAGUACCAACAAAUAAGUGGAAGGAUAUGAACUCGGGGAGUGUGAUUGGGAAGAAUCAGCAAUCAUUCCUUACUCUAGAAAGUGAUAGAUACCCUCUGUUGAGUUCCUCUGAGAAGAAUACAAGAGUAUUAAGCGUUGCUUCUAUUGUUGCUGCUAGUGGGUAUCAUCCUGAAAAGAUUUUUGACGUCAGUUUGUUGUAUUACUUAUUCUUUGGAUUCAUAAUCCUCGUCUUUGUCGUCAGCUUUGCUAUUUAUUGGUUCAUGAAGAGAAAAUCUAAUGGAAGGAUCGAUCUUGAGGGAAGAAAGCAUAAAGAGCUUGAGCUCGGAAUGUAUAGAGCUAAUCCAGUUAAAAACGAUGAUAAAAGUCAGAGUAGUAGUGACUAAAAUUAUGUUCAAUCUUGAA